CCUUCCCCUGCCCCCUCCCCACUCCACUCCACCCCCUCUCCACCCUUGCACUCCCUCCCCUCCGCCUUUAUUCCCUCCUGUCCCCAGUUCAUAUCGUUUCGCAACUGCUCGUCUCCUGCCCCGUGGCUGGCUGAGUUUUUUCUCUCUCCACCCCCCCCCAUUCCUGGCACCUCUUCUAUAAUACUUUCCCCCCCUCCUCCAAUUGGGGAGUGAGGGUGGGAGAGAGGGAGGGUGGAGCGUCCAGAGCCGGAGAAGAAAAAGAAGGAAGAGGGAGCAGAAGGAUUGUACGAUUGUGGAGAGGGCACCCCACUGCACCCUUUCUUUCCCAUUACACCCUUCCUACCUUCCCUCCCCCUCCCCCCCAAGUCCCGAUCCAGCCACUUUCGGACAAGAAAAGUGAAGGAAGACGGCUCGGGGGUGAUAGCGACACGGGGGCCAGUCCCAGACAAGCAGCAGCUCCUCCUGUCCCGUCUCAUCCUCCUUCCUCCUCGACAGGAGCCAGCCCGAACCUAUGAUGGCUUCAACUACAACCUGCACCAGGUUCACCGACGAGUAUCAGCUUUUCGAGGAGCUUGGAAAGGGGGCAUUCUCAGUGGUGAGAAGAUGCAUGAAAAUCCCUACAGGACAAGAAUAUGCUGCCAAAAUUAUCAACACCAAAAAGCUUUCUGCUAGGGAUCACCAGAAACUGGAACGGGAAGCUAGAAUCUGCCGUCUUUUGAAGCACCCUAAUAUUGUGCGACUCCAUGACAGCAUAUCGGAAGAAGGGUUCCAUUACUUAGUCUUUGAUUUAGUCACAGGCGGUGAGCUCUUCGAGGACAUAGUGGCAAGAGAAUAUUACAGUGAAGCAGAUGCCAGUCAUUGUAUACAGCAGAUUCUAGAAAGCGUAAAUCAUUGUCACCUAAAUGGCAUAGUUCACAGGGACCUGAAGCCUGAGAACUUGCUUUUAGCUAGCAAAUCCAAAGGAGCAGCUGUGAAACUGGCAGACUUCGGCUUGGCCAUCGAAGUCCAAGGAGAUCAGCAGGCAUGGUUUGGCUUUGCUGGUACACCUGGAUACCUUUCCCCAGAGGUGUUACGAAAAGAUCCCUAUGGAAAACCAGUGGAUAUGUGGGCAUGUGGUGUGAUUCUCUAUAUUCUCCUGGUGGGGUACCCUCCUUUCUGGGAUGAAGACCAACAUAGACUCUACCAGCAGAUCAAGGCUGGAGCAUAUGAUUUUCCAUCACCAGAGUGGGACACUGUGACUCCUGAAGCCAAAGACCUUAUCAAUAAAAUGCUCACUAUCAAUCCUGCCAAACGCAUCACUGCAUCUGAGGCACUGAAACAUCCAUGGAUCUGUCAACGUUCUACUGUUGCUUCUAUGAUGCACAGACAGGAAACUGUAGAUUGCUUGAAGAAAUUUAAUGCAAGAAGGAAGCUGAAGGGUGCCAUUCUCACAACCAUGCUGGCUACAAGAAAUUUUUCAGCAGCCAAGAGUUUGUUGAAGAAAGCGGAUGGAGUAAAGAAAAGGAAGUCCAGUUCGAGUGUUCAGAUGAUGGAGCCCCAAACUACAGUAAUCCACAACCCUGAUGGAAACAAGGAGUCCACUGAGAGUUCCAAUACAACCAUUGAAGAUGAAGAUGUGAAAGCUCGUAAACAAGAGAUUAUCAAAGUUACUGAGCAACUUAUUGAAGCAAUUAACAAUGGGGACUUUGAAGCUUACACAAAAAUAUGUGACCCAGGUCUCACUGCUUUUGAACCCGAAGCUUUGGGUAAUUUAGUGGAAGGAAUGGACUUUCAUCGAUUCUACUUUGAAAAUGCUUUGUCCAAAGGCAAUAAGCCAAUCCACACCAUCAUCCUGAACCCUCACGUCCAUCUGGUAGGCGAUGACGCUGCCUGCAUAGCAUACAUCAGGCUCACACAGUACAUGGAUGGCAGCGGAAUGCCAAAGACUAUGCAGUCAGAAGAGACCAGAGUCUGGCACCGCCGUGAUGGAAAGUGGCAAAAUGUUCAUUUUCACCGCUCGGGUUCACCAACAGUACCCAUCAAGUAAAUAUUUCCAGGCCGUCAGCUUCUUUGAUAAUAUGCCCAUGGUCAGCUCUCUAUAAUCUUCCAUUGUUUAUAGCAUGGCAUGUAUUAUAUAAUGCUGGUGGCUUUUUGGCUUUUUGUUUUAAUAUAUAUAAUGCCUAGAAACAUAAAAGAUCUCACAACUCCCUGCAAAACUCCCUCAGUUCAUUGAUGAACUGAAACUUGGUACAACAACACUGAAUAGUAAGAUAGGACAGGAUCUUGAGGCUGCUCCAGCAAACUGAAGGCACAGUAUAAUUAGCCAAGUUAUUCACUCCUCUGUUGUCAUAGUUGGCAUAGAAGGUUUGGGUGUGGAAGGAAGGAAGAGGAAGGAGUCUCUUCAAGGACCACAGGAAGUCAGGAGAUCGGUUUGUAGCCUAGUUAAAAAAAAAAAGGAACCCCUGGAGCAAGGUGGAAGCAGGGGAUUGAGUUACUGCUAGCUAGUUAAAAUUGGAAGAAAGUCUUAGAAAUCAUCAUUAAUGUGACUGAUUAUAGGAAAUAAAUAGAGGUUUUCCAUCUUCAGCUACCUAUACACUUCUACUCCAAAUCCCAAGUUUGAUCAAUGAAUUAAUAAAUAUAUAUGGGAGAAAGAAAGGAAGGAAGGAUAGAAAGAGAGAAAAAAGGAAAGAAAGAAGGAAGGAAAAGAAAGGAGAAAGAAAAAAAAAGAGUGCUGGAUUUGGAACCAGAGAACUGAGGUUCAAAUACAGAUUCUGUGAGUUACUACCUGCAUGAUCUUGGCCAAGUCACUUACCCUCCUUGGGCCCUCUUUUCCUUAUCUGUGAAAGAAUGGGAAGUUGUUUGUACCAGAAUAUUUCUAAAGCAUAUUAACCUAUAGAUGUAUCAAGUACUAUAAUAUAUGUCAUGGUUAUUUGGAAGCCAUGGUGGCAAAGUUUCCUGCUCAGAGGAGUUUGGUACACAUAAAAAUGUAAGUGCUAAGUGAGAUGAGGCAGGAAACUUGCAAAGAAGGGAGAGUCCCCAGAGAAGGUGUCCUGGGUCUUGAGCUGGACUUGAAGGAUGCAUGCAGUCUGAAAAGUGAGAGAGUGUGUGGACAAGGGGUAAGUGAAGCAUUUUAGCCUUGAGAAGUGACACAGUGAGUGGACAUAAUGUAAAUGGUGAGUUGGCAAAAACCAGGCCCAGCAAGCCCAGAACAGAGGUAGAAAUAACGAUGAUAAUUAAAGGAUUAAGGAUGGUGAUUAAAAUGGAAUGAUUAGUGCAGGGCCACAAUUAUGGAAGGCAGACAGAACAGCCAAAAAAAGUUGGGACUUGGUACACAGGACAGCGGGACCAAUGAUGGCGCCCGAGGUUAGGCUGGAUCCACUCUAUAUUAGCCUCAAAAAAGAGAGGAGAUAGCAAACAGAAUGUAGCAAGUAGUUCAUUCCAUUGUCCAUCCUGUUAUUCUAUAGAGAAUCCCAGAUAGCAUAUCUCAAUAUGACUUACUGCCAAACCAUGAUAGGUUCCCAGAGAGCCUCCCAUUAGGAUCAUCAUCAAUGAGUUUGCUAGCCCGUAGUUGGGUUACAAACUUAAAGAGAUACGAUACUGUCCAAGGGUAAAAGUAAAAUUUAUAUGAAAGAAUUUCUGUUUAAAAGAUUCCACUUAAUGCCACGUGGCUUAAAACAGUAGGCCACUUAAAUGGGUGAUCUUGUAUUUAAGAUGGGAAAGAGAAUGUCUCUGGAAGCACCUCUUUGGUCAAAACUAUUGAGGCCUGGAAGUUAUACCUCUGGUUUUCAUGGGUCUUGUGACUUAUUUGCUCCUGAUAUAGUAUGAUCGGAGCUGAUGACUGCCAACUGCACUAUGAUUAAUGUGUUGUCAUGCGAAGAUUGGUUUUGAAGUCAGGAGACCUAGGUUUGAAUCAGCCCUGUGUGGCAUGACCUUGGGUAAAUCGCUUCAUCUUUCUCAGCCUGUUCCUCAUUCAUAAACUGGGACUGGCCAGAUGAUCUCUAAUAUCGCUUAUGGCUCUAAAUCUUAUUAUUUAUAAGGAUAUUUUAUCCUGCAUUAUUUCCAACAAAGAGUAUACAGGGUUUUUCAAAAAUACAACAACCCAUGCCAAGUCUCCCUGAGCUCUUAAAAGGGGCAUCUAGCGUUCUUUGUAGAAAAAUUUGGAGGCACUAAAAAUGAACUUUCUUCAAUGUAACCUUGGGUCACAGCCAUUUUAGAGCUCCCUAAAAUGGUGCAAUUGUCUAAUUAUGACCCAGAACAGAACUUUAGAUGACAGUCACUGUCAUCUAAUAUUCUGUUCUGGGUCACAAUUAGACAAUUCUUAAUUAUCUGUGCCAAUGAAAGGUACAGUAGUGAGAAUAAGAGAGAGUAAACAACCAUCUAAAAUGUUAGAUUAGGCUUCAAACCUAUGGAAUUUUGAAUGUUCUGCAGAUCAAGCUAAUAAGCAUAUAUUCAGUGGCCCUUUGUGUCAGGGACUGUGCUAAGCGCCAGGAAUUACAAGAACAAGAAAAAAAGAUGAAAACAGUCUCUGACCUCAGAGACCUGACACUCUAUAGCCUUGUUCACUGGCUUCACUCCCUCAUGCAUUGUUUAGGUUAAUUUUUCAGAAUGGCUUCUUUACCCGAGUCCAUACUUUAAAGGGGAAGUCCAGUGACGGAAGGCACAAACCAGGUGGGAUCAAAAACAGUUUGUGGAUGUCCAUAGAGAGGAUAAUCCAGAAAGAUAAUUGAGGGUUGACUAGAAUGAAAUUCCUACUGGUGCUGUUACUUUAUUAGACUGAUUUGCUUUGGAAAUGUGGAUAGGUUAUACUUUUGCAAGGGGAUCUAUUGCUGGGUACACUACGAUCCGAUGUGUGCCUUGCCUAGUGAAAUGACCUAUGUAAAGAAGCACAGCCCUGGCUCAGCGUGAGAAGGAACCCCUCAUGAAAUUUUUAAAAAUCCCUUGUUUUCCCCACUAUUGAGAUCAUGAUUUUGGCAUUUCAUGUGAAAUUACUUCCUCAGUAAUCAGAGAAAGGUAUUUACCCAAGCCUUUCCUGGAGGAACUUACAGGUAGACUUUAGCCACUAGGAUGCAUCAGUAACACAUAUGUGAAAUGUCCCCUUACAAUAUUCAUUUGUUUGAGUGAAGAAAGGCCUUCCUUCUUUAAAAAAGAAAGAAAAAUCUUUUUCUGGUAUACAGUGACUGAGAAUUCCAGUUUCCAUCUCUCUGUAGCUUAGGUCCUUUUGAGCGGACUGAUAGAUCAUCGCACCUGAUUUCUCAUUUAAUAUCCCCUCUGUUCAACAUAAUCAAUUUUCCUUUAUGGCGCCAGGUUAUAUAGACUCUCGCCCUUCCCCCCACCUAUACUUUCAGUCUGUUAUCUCCCAUAGUGAAAGUUAAAAUGCCUUAGCCUCCUCUGUGGCCCAAUAAGUGACAGGAUCUUGAUAAACAACAAUAUAAUUUGUUUCCCCCCCUUUUUCCUUUCAGCUAAAAAUCAACAGUGCCACUUCUGCAUUCUCUGUUUUCAAGGCACCUGGAUGGUAACCCCCGGGCGGGCCUGUCCUCCUCUUCAUGCAUGUUUCCAAAUGCAUGAAGCUGUGAUGGUCCUACCUGUAACAAUGCAUUGGUGAUGCAUCAUUUUGUCAUAAUAUUCCAUCUCAGUGUUUUGUUUGCACUCUAUCGAAGGGGAUGUUUAGUGCAAAUUAAAACCAAUGUCAGCAAACAAGGGGAGGGAGGGUGGGGGAGAGAGAGAGAAAACACCACAACCACAUGUUCCAAGCAUAGUACAAGCAUCAUUUUUUCUGUUUAUGCCAAGUUUUAACAGCCUUCAGAGCUAUCAUUCUCUAAAUGAUAGGUUGUAAAAGAAAUAUUCAUCAAAAAAAAAGUCUAUGCCAUAUCUAUCUGUUUCAGUUUGUUUAAAAAAAACCAAAGGCAAAAAAAAUCUCUUCAGUUUUCUGUUGUGGUCAUAGUUGAAAUGAAUGAUAUUUUUGUCGGUGGCUUUGGAUUGUGACAACUAUGUGGAUGAAAUCAGUGAUGAAUAUGGAAAUAAAACUGGGCUGGCUGAGUAUCAGCCCAAGCCAUCUUAGUUCUUGAUCAAGCUGUGUAAACUGGAAAAACUCACAUCACUUACUGGCUUGAUCUCCCUAGGACAUGCUUCCCUUUUUCUGCUUAAUCAGCUGUGUCUGUUCCUGCUUCCUCAAGUCUGUACCCUCCAAUCUUUUUUCCUUCAGGGUGAGGAUUUGCAGUUAGUGAGAAAAAGUCUAAAGGCAACAUGAGGUGAAGGAAAAAAUAGGGAUAUAGGGAAAGAGUUAAAGCAGAGAGCUUUUGAGCACUUUCAGGGUGUACAGAAUUUUAUUAGAGAAUCAGAUUUUUUUUUAACAUUGGUUAUAUUCUAGAUUGGGCUUAGAUAUUCUAAAUCUUUUAGAAAAAAAUUAUAUAUAUAUAAAUAUAUAUAUAGGCUUUUAAAAAGCUGAAGAUGAAAAAAUACAAGCUCCUGUUUGAGUCAGUCAAUUUCUUACUCAUCUGGAUAAUCACUGCAAUCAUACCAGAACCUCUCAGAGUUUAGCACAAUCGCGUGUGCACACAGGCUCCCUUUGUACCCCCCCGGGCUUGAAUGGCGGGGACUUCUCUAGCAUCACUAGUUAUUUUUUCUAUGACUACCGAGCUCUAGAAAAUAAGCAGGGAAAUGUUUUUUGUGUCGAUACACAUCUUACCACCCGUUCUUUGCAAUUUGACCUCCUCCAUCUUCCUCUCCUUCAUUGUAGUUUCUGAAAGCAGUUAGAGUUUUUUCAGCCUCAAACAAACAAACAAAAAGUAGGGGGCGGGGGAUGGGCUUGGCAGGCGAGCUCCAGGGCGGACUGGGGAGGGAGCAGAGUAUCACUCCUUGUGUUUUCUUCUUUGCCCCACUCCUGCAGAGCUAUCCCUCUUUACUGUGAUGCUGUAUAGUGCAUGCUAUCUCUAAUGGCAUUUUUUUUUAAGCAACUCACAACCCUCUGCAACCUGUUUGUAAAACCGAAAAGGAAAAUUUCCUGAUUUGUAUCAUUUCCCUUUUCUGUGUCGUUUACUAAUCCAAACAAUCCUUUAUGCCUUUAGACUUUAGUAGUGGAUGUGUGGUAGAUGGAUUGAAGCUUUUCUGAUCAUUAUUACAUAACUUUAAAUGAUAUAUAUUUAAAAUACACAUAUACAGUAAAUGUAUUGAGCCAUGUUAACCUGCCAAUGAGAUCUGUGAAAAAAAAAAAGUAACGGCCUCUUUUUUCUUUCCUCCCUUUUAAAUUUCUAUCACUUUUUUUUUUUGUGAAGCGGUUGUAAGUAGCACCAGUGUAUUUUUAAACAUGUGUAGAGUGGUGGGUUUAUUUGUUUUUUGUUUUUGUUUUUGUUUUUGUUUUACACUUUAACAUAGCAUGUGGCAUUGAAAUGUUACUGUAGCUUAAGUCUGUCUUCCACACCAAGGUGUGAAGAAAUCGUGAUUUGUUCCCUCCACCACAACCGAAUUAUAUAUGUAUCUCCUGUUAUUUUGAAACACUGCAGUUUACCAUGGGACACUGUAUAUAUUUCUUGCCAUAAUGGUAAAUGACUGAUUGAUAUAUUUAAGAAUUAAUAAAUUUGUGAUUUCUGCUGACAA